AUGUUUGCUACCCGUGGAACUUAUCCUUCCAGCAGCAAUACAUCUCUAUUAUCUGCCUGCAGUUCGAAAAUGUUUGGGUGUAGUUUUGUACUAGACUGUCAUUUGGAGCCUUCGAAGCAUAACCUUGUAGACUUGGAGGAAUUUCCUGCCUUGACGAAGUCGAAGCCAAUUAGUUUCACUGGCGCAGCAUUGAAGAAAUCGAUCGUGAUGCCUAUCGAAGACUUUACCGAAGUAGGAAGCGCUGA